AUGGGUCGACGCGAUGAGGCGAUGUACGUCCUCAAGCGCCUUCGCGGACUUGAAAACGAACGAGCAAUCGAACUGGAGAUGCGGGAAAUCCAGACUGUGGUCGAUUUGGAGGCUGAGUCCGAGCAAAACAUCACGUAUCUCCACAUGCUCUUCGGGGUUGGUCAAGGGGACUUGCACAUUGCCCGACGCGUCCAACUCGUGAUUUGGUUGCAAAUCCUCCAAUGCUGGUCAGGCAUUGCCGGCGUCACAAUGUACGCACUACCCAUCUUCAAAAUCGCCGGCUUCAAUUCGCAGAAGACCAUGUGGAUAUCUGGGCUCAAUAAUAUCUUUUACGCAUUUGCCACAUUGAUUUGUGUUGUCACCCUAGAUCGGAUCGGUCGACGCUGGACAUUAUGGUGGGGAGCAGCAGGACAGGCGAUUGCAAUGUUCCUUGCAGGUGCCAUGGCUCGCGGCGGAAUUGAUCAUCCGGAAAACCAGGCUCCGUGGGGAAUCGCAGCGACAUCGAUGGUUUAUCUCUAUACAUUUGUUUUCGGUGCCACUUGGCUCACUGUACCAUGGCUGUACCCCGCCGAAAUCUUUCCCCUCAAAGUCCGAGCCAAGGGUAAUGCCUGGGGUGUAGUUGGCUGGAGUUUGGGAAAUCGAUCGUUGACUUUGGCUCUGCCAUACAUUUUCGGUGCUAUUGGGGAGAAUACACUACAUGUAUUUGGCGCAGUUAACAUACUCAGCAUCCCAAUCAUAUGGGCCUUUUAUCCCGAGUCCAGCCGGCGCACGCUUGAGGAGAUUGAUAUGCUUUUUACCUCGAAGUCACCAUUUGUUUGGGAAGCCGAGUCGAAUUUUGCGGCAUUCAUGGCUGAGAACCCAAACUUCGGAGCUACUCGUAGGAGAAACAGUAUUGUUGGAGACGAUGAGAAGGCCUGCAAUGGGGAGUCAGAGCACCAGGAAAUGGUCUCUAGCUAG